GGGUGCUAAUGCGGCACACAAGACUCAGGUUGACGUGGCCGCAAACCACACCGGAAGUGAUUUCCUGACAGCAGCCGUAAAACGGUACUUUGAAACUCAGACCUACCCUCAAGCCACGGAAAAGAACGGGCGCGACAUGGCUCUACCCGUGAAGAUGUGCCAGCAAGAUGUAGUGAAGCUGGACCUUCAAGCAAAAGCAGCUAUUCAGGAUAUUCGAGAAUUUGAUGGCCCGCUUGAAGCACUAAGUGAUCUCAACCUGAAGGCAAGGGGAAAGAUAAAUGGGUUGCGAGAAAAAAUUGAGGAACUUGAAAAGCUAGCACUGGAACAGGAUAAGGAAUCAGACAAGCAAUAUAUAUUGAAUGAUGUAGAAAAACACAGGACACAGUUGGCAAGCACACAGAAUGCAUUACGCAAAGCAUACUUAGCUUCACAGAUAACUUUGGAGAAGAAAGAAAAAGAGCAGCUUAUGCAAGGCGGAGCUGAAAUGAGGCAGAGGAAGCACCUGGGCAGACAGGGCUUAGUCAAGGCUAGCAGCAAUGUGACAGAGAGCCUGAUGAGCCUCAGUAGACUCAUGGCAACCCAAGUACAGCACAGUGAACAGACCAUGGCCACUUUAGAAACUUCUUCAAGGACAAUCACAGACACUCAUGAAGAGUUUAAGAACAUGGGUGGACACAUCACAGCCUCACGAAAACUGCUCACCAAGUACAACAGGAGGGAAAUGACUGACAAACUCCUCAUAUUCCUGGCUCUUGUCUUCUUCUUUGCUACAGUGCUUUACAUUGUGAAAAGGAGAAUAUUUUCUGCUGGAGUGGAUACUCCUAUACACACUGAAGUUCCUUCAGUUAACCAGGCAGCAUGAAGGGAGUGACAUGGAAAGAUAUGAAGAUGCCAUCAGAGAGUUGCUCCAAAAUAGAAGCGUUCUUAAAUUUGCCUACAGAAGUGAAGUCAGAUAAAACUGGACAGCAUAUAUGAGAAACAAAACACACCAGAUAGACAGCAUUAUGGCCAUUGAUCCAAGAUGACAUGAAGUCAUAAAAAGUGGAUUCAGAUGGAGUUCUACAUUUAAGUGUGAUGAAUGGAUGUUCACGGUUGCUGUUGGAAGUGUUACUGUUUCUCCACCAGUAAACAGAAGAAUGAAAACCACUAGUCUCCAAAAAUAGAUGUUUCUGCAGGUGGAAUGAAAUAAUUGAUAUUUGAUUACCAGAUAUUAAUAGUCCCCCAGCAUUGACAGUGGUUCAUGUGCAUAUUGUGACUCG